AUGGGAUAUCGAGUAAUAAUUGGACAUUGGGGCGACAAGGGGAACCAGGGGGAUGCAAGAAUACAAAACACUCACGAAGGCGACUUGCCGACUUAUUUGACACGUUUCCAAUGGGAUAUGGCCAAGUAUCCCAUAAAGCAAAGUCUACGCAACAUCGCCGAUAUUAUCAGUAAACAGGUAGGACAAAUCGACGCUGAUUUGAAGAUGAAAUCAUCAGCUUACAACUCGCUGAAGGGAAACCUGCAGAGCUUGGAGAAAAAACAGACUGGCAGUCUGUUGACCUGCAACCUCGCUGAUUUGGUUAAAAAGGAACAUUUCAUUCUGGACAGCGAAUAUCUGACUACCCUACUCGUCAUCGUACCCAAGGCGAUGUUUAACGACUGGAACGCUAACUACGAGAAGAUAACUGACAUGAUAGUACCGCGUUCAACUCAGCUCGUACAUCAAGACAAUGACUACGGGCUGUUCACUGUAACUCUGUUCCGUAAGGUGGUUGACGAGUUCAAGCUGCACGCUCGUGAACGUAAGUUCAUUGUCCGCGAGUUCUCAUACAACGAGGCGGACCUCGCGGCCGGCAAGAACGAGAUCACCAGGCUCGUUACUGACAAGAAGAAACAGUUUGGUCCAUUGGUGAGAUGGUUGAAAGUGAAUUUCUCUGAAUGUUUCUGUGCCUGGAUACACGUGAAGGCUUUGAGGGUGUUUGUUGAAUCCGUUCUGAGAUACGGUCUGCCAGUGAACUUCCUCGCUGUAGUGAUGGUCCCGGCUCGUAAGAGCGUGAAGAAGCUGCGGGACGUGCUGCAGCAGCUGUACGCCCACCUCGACCACUCGGCGCAGCAGCACGGACACGCGGCACAGGACAAUGCUGAGUUGGCCGGUCUUGGUUUCGGUCAAUCAGAUUACUUCCCCUAUGUUUUCUACAAAAUCAACAUUGACAUGGUCGAGAAGGCUUAG